UGUCUCCGGUCUCGUGCUCCUCCGUGGACCGUGACGGCGGAUGUGCGCUCGCGCUUCUUUCUCCUCCGUCGGAGCUUUUGUCACGGACCAGGACGCACGGAAAAGUUGCCGUGCGGCUCCGGUAGAGCGGCUCGGCGCGUGUCUGACAGUGACCCCCCAGACGGAGCCGUUAACGGAAGGCACGAGCUGACUCAACGAAUCACAGGCAGAAGGAUGCAACAGUUGAGGCGCGCGCGCCGCUCCGCGCACACUCGCAGAUGGAGCCCGUGACCUGGUCGGAGCAGGAGCGGAGGUUCGGUCGCUUUAAAUCCCGCAUCGACUAAUCGGUGAAACCGAGCGCACAUUCGGCGGAGCUGCGGAAGGCGCGUGUGGGAGCGGGCUGGUGGCGGAGCUGCGCGUGUUUUUCCAGAAUGGACGUUUGGACGGAGCGGCUGUUCUGAGGCUCCCUGCUCACGCUCGUGGGGAAUGGAGUUGCACCGGGGCCCGGGGUCGGUGUGCGGAGCUGAGUAGCACCGGGGUCGGUGUGCGCCAACAUGCAGCGGAUUCUGCAGCGGAGGCGCGUGCGCAGGCUGCGGGUGCUCUGGGCUUCUCUGGCGCUGCUGGCUCUGGCUCUGGCCGCGUGCAGCGCGCUCUUCACGGCGUGGACCUGGCGACAGACGCGGGACCUGUCCCAGUCCUUCCAGAUCCUGCAGGACCGACUCGAGCAGGUCAACACACAGAGGAAGGCCAUCGUUCAACUCAUACUGGAGAAGAGAGAGCUGCUGGUCGGACAGAGGGUCAAACGAGAUGGGGGGACGCUGCGAGGAGGAAGGAGUGGGAAUGGAAAGAAAGCGGCGUCUCAUUUUGAGAUAACCAAAGUCUCCUCUCAGCAAGUGGGAGACGGAGGCGUGAUCAAGGGCUGGGAGGAGAGGACGCUCAACAUGAGCAAAGCCGUCAGGUACAACAAGGAGCAAGGCACCUUCACCGUGGAGAAGGCCGGCGUCUACUUCCUGUUCUGCCAGGUGUUGUUCAAUGAGGAGAAGUCUCAGUACGUGAAGCUGGACGUGAAGACCAUCGGCCAGAAGCCUCAGAAGCUGCAGUGCAUGGAGGGAUACGGGACCACCCCCUCCGCCGGCCCCCACCCAUUCCACUUCCUGAAGCCCUGCCAGGUGUCCGGCCUACUGCGACUGGACAAAGGGACGGAGCUCCAGGCCAUCACCGGCGCCUCCUUCAGGCUCCACCCGGUCGGAAACACCUCCGCCUCGCCGCACGUCUUCAGCAUCUUCAAGGUCAACUGAGGCUGGACCGGUCCGAUCUGGGUCGGAACCGCCCCAGGAAACAUCUGAGGACGACCCGACUCAUUUGUUUUCCAAAGGGAUGAGUGUUUUCUUUGCGGGACAUCAACACUGCUGCAGCCUCGUUCCAAAAAAUGUUCAUUUGAAAGACGUUUUGUGGAAGUUGCUGUGGAUUUUCUUCUGGGCAGCGGUGCUGUCUUGGAAUGCAACGCAGACUUUGGAUUAAAACCAAAGCACAAAGCGGACGAAACGCCUGGAAUCGUCUGAGAGAACAGAUGUGAUGGAAAGUGCUCUGCAGAUAAGGGCUGUGUAUCCUUGGACCUUCAUCUUAGUCUCCAUAUCAUGUAACAAACUGUGCUUUUCUAUCAAAGACGUCGACAGUAAAGCUGUGCAUGCACCUUCCACUUUGAUAUCCUCCACGUACUGAGAACACGCCAAACCCUGUCAGCGGCCUACAUGAGUUGUCAGUAAUGUUAACGAUGCAGCGUCUGUUUAUGUACGAUCUAACGAAUCAAUAAUUGCCUUUUUUUUUUACUGAUCUUUUCAAUGCAAUAUGCUGCGACUGUGUAAAAUACCUGCAAGCCUUUCCUUUAAUAUACUUCACAUACUAUUUAAAUAUGUGCAUAAUAAAACAAGAGCUACUAGAGAAGGGGGACACUUUAAGGUUUUUUAAUAACAUGGAUGUGAAUUUAUGCUGUUUUCAGAUGUCAGAUUAGAUUGUGAGAUAUGUCAUGAAUGAGGCCUCGUACUGUCGACUUGGCUUUGCUUCUGGAAACUCAGUGAGUUAUAGUAAAGCACAGAGCUUUGAAAAUAUUGGAGGUUCUUCACUUUUUCCUUCCCUUUAAAAAAACAAAAAACAAAAACGUUUAAAGGCAUAUUAACCAUUAUUUCCUUUUUUUUUUUUUUUUAAAUCUCGUUCAUUCAGUAGUUUUGUUCUUUUGAUUAGUUAAAAACUACAGCUCUUAUUAAAUACUACACAGAUUUUGGUUAUAAAAAUAUAUUGAUUGGAAUAUUCUGCAUUGCAUUAUGUAUAGAAUUAUUUUUAAGUACAUGUAAAUGAAUGAUUUAUUGUAUAUGAACAUUCUAAUCUUUUGAAAAAGUGGUAAAAAAAAAACCCCACUUUAGUAGGUUUUUACUCCCAUGGUUUGUCUACAGCUUUAAUAUUAAUGGAUUUACUGCCUUUGAAUAACAGAACUGUUCUCGUCAGGAUGCUAGCAUUUUGAUAUGCUAACGUUAGCAUCAUUAUCAACCCAAAAUCGUGACUUAAUACCUGUAAAGCCUUAUAAUUGUCAUUAAAAUCAGCUGUAUUUUGAGUUUAGUACUAUGUAGCAGAUGUUCUACACCAAACUAACACUGACAACAUGAAAAACAUCGAAUAUUAGUCUAUCCACGAUGUUAGCCUUAACUUAGCAUUAGCAUUAGCUGGAGCCUCUUACUGAACCUCUGGCAUGGUUGUGAAAUUGUGAACUUGUUUUCUAGCUCUGUUGUGAAUUUAGUCCAAUUUAUUUGCUUAAAAAUCCAGAAAUGGGCUCUGGAAAAAGCACUGAAAUGACCAAAACCUUCAUUUUUUUUAUCUAAAGAGGCAGUUUGUGUGUAUCUUGUUGUCUUCACAAUCUUGUUAAUGUCAAAAAAUAUCCCAAAAGUUUGGUUUAUUUAGUUUUUUAUCGACAUGGAUUGAAAGAAGCGGUGGCACAUCAUAUUCCACAAGGAUGUACUUUCAUUUAGUGUUAAUUUCAUUCAACAUUAAUUAUGACUUGUAUUGUGUUUCUCAGAAAUGCUGUUUGUUCUGUUUCUAGAGAUGAAACUCCUUCCAUUUUCUCAUAUGCUAAUUCUAGCAUCACUAUCAGCUCUAAAUGUUACUUCACUUUUUUUUUUUUUUUUUUACUAAAUACUCAAGGAACUAUUCGAAAAAAACCUUCUGAUUAUUAACCUAUUAGCACUGUCACUGACUACAUUAUGGUACAUUAUGUUAGCAUUAGCGUGAACCUUUAGCAUGGUUGUAAACUCUUCUUUUGUGGCUCUACUCUUAUUUAUUCACUUAAAAUUCACAAAACCAGCUCUCCAAAAGCACUAAAAUGAUAGUUAAUCUUUACUUUUAAAGCAGGCAUUUUUUAUGUAUUUUAUAUACAUCACAAUCUCACCAAAAUCCACAGAAACUUCUAUUAUUUCGUUUAUUUAUGUUUACAUAGAACCAUAAAAUAAAUUGUAGUAACUGAAUUUUCUACUCAGCAAAUGAAACACAGUAAACUAGUAUUGUAAACAUAGGAAACAAAACUUUUAACCAUAAGUUUUUUAGUUUGCCAUUGUUAGUAUUAUGUAGCAUUAGCAUUAGCAUCACCCUCUCACAGAGCUUUAGCAAAGUUGUAAACUCUUGUUUUUGUGGCUCUAUUCAAUUUAUUUCCCUCUGACAUCCAGAGAAGUUUGGGAUGAGUCUUAUUUAGGAAAGGUUGCACACUAAACUAUCACUGUGAACAUGUGAAAUAUAUUUUUAAAAAAAACUCGGACAGUAACCUAUUAAGCUAACUUUGUCCCUGUUAUCAUUAGCUUAACCCUCUCACAGAGCUCGGGCAUGUUCUUCAAAUCCAUUUGUUUUUUUACGGUGCAGAAAUGAGCAAAGUAAAAGCACUGGUCAAAUGGAAUGGUUUGUUGUUUAGUUGUAGGAGUUUGAAACAUUUUUGCUAACUUGGCCAUCUUUGUUAAUGUCAUGCAAAAUAAUUCAAAAGCUCUGGCUCUGUGAUUUUGUCGAGUCAAAGAAAACUCCAAUAUUAUAUUUUAUAACGCAUUCAAAACUUAUUUCAUUUAGUAUUAAUCACAUCAGGCUCUUUUUAAUAUCUUUCCUUGUCAUAUUUUAAAAGGUUGUCAUUGUUAGCAUUAGCUUACAUUAGCAUUGGCUUGAGCUUCCCGCUGAACCCCUAAUAUGGUCAUAAAUUAGUUUUUUCUUGUUUAUUGUGGCUCAAGUUGAAUUUAUUUGCUUUAAAAUCCAAAAGUAAGCUUUGCAAAGAUCACUGAAAUGACCAAACGUAAGAUUUCUGUCCAAGGAGGCUGUUGUUAGAUAUUAUGCUAACUUGGUCUUGGUACUAAAAUGAACCAAAAAGUUGAGAUUGUUUGGAUUCUGACUGACCCAUUUUUGUAUUGAGUUUACAUUUAAUAAUAUUCCAAAUGCGUCUGCCUUCAUUCACAGUGAACGUCGGUCAAUAUUAACAUUAAAUUCUUGACUUCUGUGCUGUUUCUGAGUCUCGUCGUGAGGCUGGUUUUCCUUUUUCUCCUUCCAUUCCUCUCGUACGCUGCUGUUACAUUCCCUGCUACAAUACAAACAGUGUGUAUUUCUGGCCGUGGGUUUCUGCACUCCCACUCUUGUUUAUAAGUAGUUUUUGUGGACGGACCACAAUGGUUUCUCCUCAGCACUUUACUGCAGCAAACGUAGGCUUUUUAAUUGGAGCCAAACAUUCAUGUUUUAAAUGGAAAAUGAUGGGAUUUGGAGCGUAGACGUGUCGUCCUGUUUGAUUUCCUCAUCACUUUCCUCUGGUUUUGCGUGGUGGUCAUCCUCCCAUCACCCCAUCAUCCCCCCCCCCCCCCCCCCCCCAUAUCCCUCCCCCCCAUCAGCGCCAGUCAGAUGCAUGUGCACAGUCGUCUUUUUUCACACUGGCAGCGUCUACAUUUUCACUUCCUGAAUCUGAACCUGAACCACAUCGCUGAAAAAGUCUUUGAGGAAAAAACACCCCCUUCACACACUUCCCUGCCUCGAUUCCUAUUUUUCUAAAUGUCAAAGUUUAUUACCACCUCGGAAAGUCUUGUGAAGUCUUGUGAAGAAGUUUUUCUGUAAAAUGAUGUACGCAAUGCCUGGAUAUUUUUUUUGUCUAAACUCAUUUAUAAUAAAUGUUGAGUAAACUUC